GUUACACUCGGCUUCACAAGGGCGCCGCACUCGCGCGAAUCAUGCUCGAAGUGUUUCUCUUGAGCUUGAUCGUCGGGUUCACAACAUGGUUCUUCAUACAACGCAGGAGGCGGUUUUCCUUCUUUAAAGACCUUGGAAUUCCAGGUCCCCCACCAAGUUUUCUUUCUGGAAACUUAUCCGAACUUAUACAGAAGGGAACACUGGAUAGAUACAAGGAAUGGCUGGACAAAUAUGGUGACAUUGUUGGUUUUUACAAUGGUGCUCACCCAUUUCUUAUCGUGAAAGACCCGGAACUAAUCAAGAAGAUCCAAAUAAAGGAUUUCCAUAAUUUUCAUAGCCGAGGGGAAAAGUGCACAGUGAUUUCACCAAUUGACAACGAAGCAAUGAAUGUUAAAGCGUACGAAUACUUCCAGGUGUCGUCCAGCUUUGCGAGCACUCAUCCGAUCUACAAAAAAAGCACCUUCAACGCUCAGGGAGAGCGCUGGAAGAAGAUGCGCGGUCUUCUGACGCCCGCUUUCACGACGAGCAACAUGAAGAAGAGAAAUAGGUGCGAUUUUCUGCAGCUGAUGCUCAAUGCUGAAGUGGAGGACGCUAACCUUGUGAACGUGCACUCGCUCACGGCAUCCGGGGAUGCUGAUAGCGCAUCUGAAGGGAACCAGCCUGAAAAGGUAAAGGCAGGUGGAAAAACGUGUGUUCUCACGAAUACAGAAAUCUUGGCCAAUGGCUUCAGUUUCUUCACAGCGGGGUUCGAGACGACAGGCUCAUCGAUGGCGUUUCUGUCAUAUCUUCUGGCGAAACACCAGGACAUUCAGGACCGACUCAGAGAAGAUGCCCUUGCCGUCCUCAAGAGAGACGGUGCCUUCACGUACGACAACGUCUUUGGCAUAAAAUACCUGGACCAGAUUAUAUCAGAAUCUCUUCGCUUUUAUUCGCCAGUCGUAGGGUUCACGACGAGAAGAUGCGCUCGUGAAUACGUGCACAAGGAUAUGAAAAUACCCGCUGGAACCAGCAUCGUUAUCCCCAACCACCACCUGAGUCAUGAUCCGAAUUUCUGGGAGAAACCCGAAGUCUUCGAUCCCGAAAGAUUCAGCCCACAAAAUAAAGGCCUUGUUGAUCCCGUGGUGUACCAGCCUUUCGGUCAGGGCCCCCGCAACUGCGUCGGCAUGAGAUUUGCCCAGCUGGAGAUGAAACUAACUAUGGCGAAAUUAUUGGCAAAAUACAAGCUUCUUCUGGAUGAACGUCACAUUAAGGAGAAAAACUUGGAGCUGGAAUCCACUUUCAUAUUCGCGAUGCCUAAGGAUGGCAUCUGGCUCAAGAUCGAAAAAGUUAUCUAAUAACGCCUUUUUUUCUCCGAAACUUAAAGCAAUAAGUGACAUCAUUCUGCUACAGCA